GUGGCGGUGCGAACAGAGAGCGCGGUGAGGAAGCGGUCCCAGGCUAUGCCCCGCCCCUCUAGUAAACGUCGGAGUCGCUUCUCUUCCCUCUGGGGGCUGGACACCACAUCUAAGAAGAAAGUUAAAGGCCGACCCAGCAUCAACCAGGUGUUUGUUGCUGGGGGGGAACCAGUGAUCAAACCAACGGAGAGAAUGUUUGAAGAUACGGCCAGUGAGAAAUCGAUGGAGGAGUGUUCAUUGAAAAUGAUUCCCCAGGACAACGUGGACAGUGAGAUUUGGGUUCCUGACUACCUGGCCCCAUCCUGGGUGUGUCUACCUAACGACCAGCCUGUGCUUGUCGUCAUUCAACCAGGGGAGACUGCAGAAGAUACGCUGGACGCUGUCUGCAAGGCCCAUAAACUGGACCCGUCUAACUUCUACCUGCGUCUGAAGGUGUGUGUAGAGGAUCAGCUGCUGCUAUAUGUUCCCAAAAUGGAAGAAGACAUCUCUGAUCUGCUCCACAAAGAGAUUGAAAUAUGUCCCAAAACCACCAAGCUGAUCCGCUUCGACAAAGCUGAGUCCUGCACGUUGGGAUACGGUUUCUCCAUAGCAGUAGUAGACGAGGAGGGGACUCAGCAGCUCCAUAUCACUGAAGUAAAGGCAGGAGGACUGGCUUCUGCUAAAGGCCUGCAUGUGGGUGAUGAGAUCCUGUUGUUAAAUGGUAAACCGGCGUCGGCUCUGGGCGUGGUGGAUAUGAGGUCAGCGUUAGUCGGCCCCUCGUUGUCCCUGAGCGUGAGCACCCUGCCGACCCUUGACCCCCGCGACCUCUGCCCUUUUCCCCCUCGACGCUCCAACACAGCAGAAUACGACACUUGUACAGACAUCUAUUCCCAGAGCCAAGAGGACAUUCUGGAUGAGGUAUCGGGGUUGACGGUGGUCAGUCCAGAUGAUACUUUAGAGGAUGAGUCAGCUCUGGAUCUGGAAAAUUCAGGACACAACCAGGCGGACUACACUGAGCCAGGACAGAAGAGUACUGAGCAGGUGACUGCAUACUGCCGGAGUCUCCAUGAGAUGAAUCCUUCCCAUGCUUCCCCUCAGUCUUCCUCGUCCUGCUCUUCCUCCCUCUCUCCCAGCCAAGCGGUGCCAGUGACGGCGGGCAUUGCCAUCCAGCGACAGCUGUCACACGCCGACAAACUACGUAAAGUCAUCAGUGAACUGGUGGAGACUGAGAGGACCUAUGUCAAGGACCUGGGCUGUCUGAUAGAGCGUUACCUAGCUCCUCUGCAGAAGGAAAGAUUCCUCAGCCAGGAUGAGCUCGAUGUCCUGUUCGGUAACCUAGGAGAGAUGCUGCAGUUCCAGGUUGAGUUCCUGAAGACUCUAGAAGAUGGGACCAGACUGGUAGCCAACCUGGACAAGCUGGAGAGAGUAGAACAGUUUAAGAAAGUGCUGUUCUCUCUGGGUGGAUCGUUCCUGUACUACGCCGACCGCUUUAAGAUCUACAGUGCUUUCUGUGCCAGCCACACCAAGGUGCCCAAGGUCCUGGCCAAAGCUAAGACAGAUGCAGACUUCAAGGCGUUCCUGGCAGAGAGGAACCCGAAACAACAACACUCUUCAACUCUGGAGUCCUACCUGAUCAAACCCAUCCAGAGGAUCCUGAAGUACCCGCUAUUACUGAGAGAGCUGUACUCACUGACGGACCCUGACAGUGAAGAACACUAUCACCUGAAUGUUGCGAUGAAGGCCAUGAACAAGGUGGCCAGUCACAUCAAUGAGAUGCAGAAACUUCAUGAGGAAUACGGAGCCGUGUUUGACCAGCUCAUCAACGAGACGACCACCGACCGGAAGGAGGUAUUCGAUCUAUCCAUGGGAGAUCUUCUCCUCCACUCCACCCUGGUGUGGAUCAACCCUCCAGCCUCCCUGGUCAAGGGCAAAAAGGACCCUGAGCUGGCUACCUUCGUGUUCAAGACUGCGGUGGUCUUUGUGUACAGAGAUCGCUCCAAGCAGAGGAAGAAGCUUGGCGCGUCUCAUCGUCCUGCUGUGUCAGAUGACAGAGUCCCGUUCCUUUUCCGUCACAUGAUCUCAACAGACUCCCUACAAGUCCGCGCCCUCACAAACUCCGAGGGUACAGCGGUGUGUGAGAUAGUUCACGUGAAGUCAGAGUCUGAGGGCAGACCAGAGAGAACCUUUCACCUGUGCUGCAGUUCUGUGGACAGUAAGAAGGACUUCCUGAAGACAGUCCACUCCAUCCUGAGAGAUAAACAACGACGCCAGCUGAUGAAGACUGAGUCUCUACCCCUCAACCAGCAGUAUGUCCCCUUCGGAGGAAAACGCCUCUGUAACCUCAAGGGAAACAGACCGGCCAUGAACAGAGCAGUCUCAGCCCCGUCUCGGACCCUUGGUCGCAGGAAGCUGGUUAGAAACCGAUUCACCAUUGAUACCGACCUCGUUCUCCAUGACAACCACGAAGACUCUAACCCCACCCACUCUACCCAUGACCAUUCGCACCAGCCUCCACAUUCCCACCAGCAUCCACAUUCCCACCAGCCUUCACAUUCCCACCAGCAUCCACAUUCCCACCAGCCUCCACAUUCCCAUAACCCCCUGCUUCCUACCCAGACGCCUCAGCAGCAAACGCUGUUGGCGACUGGAGGCGACACGGACCGCUGGGUGGAAGAACAGUUCGACCUGGGUUGCUACGACGACCAGGGAGGAGUGACGGGGGAGAGGAGGAUGGAGGGAGGGAUAGAGGGAAGGAUGGAGGUGAAAGAGACGGACAUUCUGAGCGACGACGACGAGUACUGCAAGUCAGUCAGGGCUUCAUCAACCGAACCCAGCCUCCUGGAAGAGAGGAUGGAGGGAGCGACUCUAGAAGAAAGGAGCCAAGACCAGGACAGAGGGGUAGACGAGGAGGAGGAGGAGGGAAAGAAAGAGGUAGAGGAAGAGAGGAGGAGCUCCCAGGGCAUUCCCCAAGAGGACGAGUGGGGUGAAAGGGGAGAGUCACAGGUAGACUCGGUCUCCCCCGCCCCUCCCCCCUCACGGUCCUCCGCCCCCCCGGUGAAGCUUACCCCGCUCAGGAAGCAAUGGGCUGCAGAGGGUGUGGCCGGGAAGCAGUGUUCCGUGGAGGGAGUGGCCAAGAGGGACCACUGUGAUGUCAUCUGGGUGCGACGCGAAGACUACGCCAACGGAGGGAACAAUGACGUCUUCUGAGACUGAGGGAGGGAUGAACAACAGAAAGAGAGGAAGAGAAGAGAGGGAUCAACGCCUUCUAGGGAGAAGAGGAUAUGACAGACCGGAUUUGACAGACGGGAUAAGACAGACGGGACAUGACAGACGGGACAUGACAGACGGGACUUGACAGACGGGAUUUGACAGACGGGAUUUGACAGACGGGAUUUGACAGACGGGACUUGACAGACGGGAUAUGACAGACAGGAUUGGACAGACGGGACAUGACAGAUGGGAUGUGACAGACGGGACAUGACAGCCAGGAUAAAACAGACGAUUAAGACAGACGGGAUUAGACAGAUGGGAUUUGACAGGCGGGAUUUGACAGACGGGAUAAGACAGACGGGAUUUGACAGAUGGAAUAAGACAGACGGGAUUUGACAGACGGGACAUGACAGACAGGAUAUGACAGACGGGACAUGACAGACGGGAUAUGACAGACGGGAUUUGACAGACGGGACAUGACAGAUGGGACAUGACAGACAGGAUAAAACAGACGAUUAAGACAGACGGGAUAAGACAGACGGGAUAUGACAGACGGGAUAUGACAGACGGGAUAUGACAGACGGGACAUGACAGACGGGAUAUGACAGACGGGAUAUGACAGACGGGACAUGACAGACGGGAUAUGACAGACGGGAUAAAACAGACGAUUAAGACAGACGGGACAUGACAGAUGGGACAUGACAGACAGGAUAAAACAGACGAUUAAGACAGACGGGAUAAGACAGACGGGACAUGACAGACGGGAUAUGACAGACGGGAUAUGACAGACGGGACAUGACAGACGGGAUAUGACAGACGGGAUAUGACAGACGGGACAUGACAGACGGGAUAUGACAGACGGGAUAUGACAGACGGGACAUGACAGACGGGAUAUGACAGACGGGACAUGACAGACGGGACAUGACAGACGGGAUAUGACAGACGGGACAUGACAGACGGGAUAUGACAGACGGGACAUGACAGACGGGACAUGACGGACAGGACAUGACAGACGGGACAUGACAGACGGGACAUGACAGACGGGACAUGACAGACGGGACAUGACAGAUGGGACAUGACAGACAUGACACAAAUGUGACUGCUGAGUUCGUUCACACAAGCUUUAAAAAGGAGGUUUUCGAGGAGGGACGAAGGACCCCUGUCGAUGUAAAAACUAUCUCCCCUCACCGCUCCACGGGUGUAUUCCCUAGGAACCAAACAGAAGCAAACAGGGAGGGACUAACCUGAACUUAAGGAACACUCGUUUUCAUUUACGAAACGUUUUCCAUUACAAAACGAUUUGCACUAAUGAAUACAAUCCAUCGCCCACCUUCUCCUGACAAUCCUACUGUCUUCUACUUAGUGACAGACUCACAGUCUCACAAUGCCUCAACUGAAGUGCUAUCAGAUGGGAGAGAGAGGCCGCACACGCAAACACACUGGACUAUAACUUCUUCACUGAACUACAAUCUUGUUGCCAAAAAAAAAACACAAAAAAAAGUUUAUUUUUCAAACGCAGGAAUGAUGAGUCAUAUUUUUUGCUUCUCUGACUUAGAAACUGUGUUUGUUUGUUUGUAUGUAACACUCAAGGGCUGUGUGUAACUUCGAAACCUUGUCUGCAUCUCAGAUGCUACCGUAUCGUGUACCCUUUUUAGUGCACUGUUUUUCACCCUGGACCCAUAGGGUUCGUAUCCUAAACCUUGUCUUCAGGGGCUACAGACUGCUGUGUAAUAUACUACAUAGAGAUAGCUAGAAGACACAACUUGGAUAUAAAUACAAAGAUGAGAUCUAUUUCCAUCUCUAUGGUGUACAACCCUGCUAGCUUUACCGCGCUUCUACUGUUCUGCUCGAUUAUCGGCUGCUGAUAGCACUCAGAGCAACUAUCCAGGCACAAUUAUAGCUUAUUGUCUUUUCUAAAAUAACAUUCUUUUUUAUUCACGUCUACCAACAUAUUUGUUCAAAUCUUGAUUUUGUUGACUAUGGGGAAAUAAUUAACUAAACAAAAUAUUUUUGGGGGUUUUAUUUCUGUUUACAUGACAUCCAGUGUUACUCACUCCCUGACCCUCGCAUGGGACAGGAUAUGACAUCAUAAUAGUAAUAAUAUGACUUCCUGUUUUUACUUGAAUUUUCUUUGGAGUUUUGUUUGAAAGGAAAAUGUUUGACAAAACACCUGCUUGUUACUGACUGCAAAGCAGAAUCGAUGAAUUAGCCAGCUGACAUUGAUUAUUUAUUUAUUUUUAAAUUUUAAAAGGAAAUAACCAUCAUUUUUCUGGUUCAGCGAAACUUAGAUCCGUGUUUUUUGGUUCUUGAGUAAAUUAGACCAUGCCCAUUUCAAGCUUGUGGAAAUAGAAACUAAAGAGUGUUCCUUUUGAAGUAGAACAAGCCUUCCCUGGUUGCCAGGAUACGUGUAGUGUAGCACAAAGCAGGAUCAACAAGUUAACCGAUGAACUUGCCUAAAUAUUCUGAAAUAACUUUAUUUAUUUUAAAAAGACAAGCUUGAAAUGGACACAGUCUGAACUGAACCAAUAACUAAAAACACGUUUUAAAGUUUAGCUAGUCUUAUUAAUGAAGCAGAAAAUAUAUAUUUAUUUCUAGUUGUGUAUUUAAUGUUAGCUGUUGAACUCAUUGAUCUUGCUUUGUAUAUAUCUCUCUGGAUUAGUUACCAGAUCUUUUUGUUGUUGUCAUGUCAAACAGAACGGUAUUUAUCUACAAAUGAGCAAAGAUAAAACAAAACAACAACCAAAAGGUUUGAAAUCUGAACAAACAACAACAAAAAACAGGUCUUUGUUGUCCGUCUACAUUGAACAGACGCUCUUAUCCAGAGCAACUUCCUGUCUAUUCCCAACCAGGGAUCUAUGUCCUAAUUCCUGACUAGGCCGGCUACUGCUAAACUACUGUGCUUUCUCUCUCACACUGUCUUGUUCUAUGUCUAUUCUAAUACUCGUGGCACAAAACACUGAAUACUGUAUAUGUCUAAAAAAACUAACACAGACUAGUGCACCAUUUAUGGGUGUAUUAAAACUGCACUUCUACUCAACCCGUGGGACAGAAUUACAUGGAACUGGGAGACUUCCUGAUCAAAACAACACAUAUACAGGAUUAAACAGGACCCAGAGUUUUACCUGCGCAAUAUACAUUCAUAGGGGUUCUAUAACCGUUAGAGCUUCUAUAACAAGAAACACUCUGGCUCCAGUUAUAGCUUAUAUAUAUAUAAAACAAGGGCCCCGAGUUGUUCCUUGUUAGUUCACACAAUCAUGCAGAUAAAACUCCUGGCUCCGAGUUAGCAAUGAGACCUACAUGCAGGAUGUUCAGGAAUGCUGGACUAAAAACACAACUAAUAGUAGUUGUUGUUGUUGUUGUUGUUAGCGUUAGCACAAAUGGCAAAUCAAUGAUAUUUGAAUAACUUCUAGGACCUAUACUACUACUACUACUACUACUACUACUACUACUACUACUACUACUACUACUACUACUACUAUUACUACUACUACUACUACUACUACUACUACCCCUGAGAUUGGCUGCAUCCCAAACGGCACCCGAUCCCCUAUAUAAUGUAAUACUUUUGCCCAGUUCCCCAUAGGGCUCUGGUCUAAAGUAGUGCACUAUUUAGGGUAUAGGGUAGUGUUUUGGUCUACAGGGUGAAACCUCCUUUGUCUUUUCCCUCUUUUUGUGUAUUUUUGCAUUUUUAAAACUGUGUUCGUACAUUAGGACCGUCGAUAUAACUAUUAUUAUUAUUAUUAUUAAAAAAAUUACAUUUCUUA